GGUGUGGAGCUGACUGGGCUGACAAGAGAGCUGCUGCUCCUUCAGCCGGCUCGCCCGCCUGAUGCCGCGGGCGCCCGCAUCCCCAUGCCCGGAGCUGGGGCUGGCGGGAACGACACGCUCUUCCCCUUCUUCUCGGACUUCAAGGACGCCGCCGUCCGCGUGGGGCUGAGCGUCGUGGAGACGGCCGUGCUGGCGUCGAUUUUCGCGCUCGCCUUGGUGGCCAACGCGGACGCCCUCCGGCUGGUGGUGCGCCGCAAGGGCCGGCCGGGCGCCGCCAGCUGCCUGGUUCUCAACCUCUUCUGCGCCGACCUGCUCUUCGUCAGCGCCAUUCCGCUCAUCGCGGUGGUGCGCUGGACCGAGAGCUGGACCCUGGGCGAAGCGGUCUGCCACCUGCUCUUCUACAUGGUGAGCCUCAGCGGCAGCGUCACCAUCCUCUCGCUGGCCGCCGUCAGCCUGGAGCGCGUGGUCAGCAUCGUCCGGUUCAAGCCCUCCAAGCCCUGGAAGGGCCGCGUGGUGGCCGCCUGCCUGCUGCUCAUUUGGGCCUUCUCCGCCCUGGCCGCCCUCCCGCUCAGCCUCUACUUCAGAGUCCAGCCGCUGCCCACCAGGGGCAAGGAAGUGUAUAUUUGCACCUUGGUUUGGCCCAGCAUUGCAGGAGAAAUCGCUUGGGAUGUGUCCUUUGCCACCGUGAUCUUCCUUAUACCAGGAUUGGUCAUUGUAAUUAGUUAUUCAAAGAUUUUACAGAUUGCCAAGGCCUCAAGGAGACGCCUGCAGGUGGGCAUGGCCUACUCUGAGAGGCAUCACAUUCGCAUUUCCCAGCAAGAUUUCAAAUUGUUUCGGACUCUUUUUCUCCUGAUGAUUUCCUUCUUUGUCAUGUGGAGCCCGAUCAUCAUCACCAUUUUCCUCAUUUUAGUACAUAAGUUCAAACCAGAUGUGAACAUUGCAUCUUUUGUUUUCUUCUGGAUAAUGGCUUUUACAUUUUCUAAUUCAAUCGUCAAUCCAGUUUUAUAUAAUAUAGUCCAAUUUAGACAUGGUUGGAGGCAAAUCUUUUUCUGUUGCCGAGAUCCUCUUAGGGGAAAGGAGACUACAACAGACACUUCCGUGAAGCAACAGAAUGAGAGACAUUUCACAGUAACUGUUAUCACCAGAUAAGCAUGUGGUAUUCCUCAUAAGAAGAGUGUCAUCCAUUUUUCAGAACUGGAGAAAGCAAUUGAUUUGUAGAGAAGGUUGUGGUUUCAUUUACCUUGGCAAGAAACAAGGAUGAUUAAAUCUGAUAGCAAUAAACAUGCAUUAAAACAGUUUAGCUGAGAGCAGCUCCAUAUUGUACCAUCAUAAACUAAUUAAAAUUAUGAUUUCUUCAGGAUCUUCAAAUCUCCUUGCGUACAUCUGUGACAUUGCAACAGGUUCACAUGGGACUGUUGGGUUCAUAAGAGCAAGUAUAGAUAAAGUGCCAGCUGCUAGGAGAUUUCACCAUUUAAGUAGGACUGUACCACUUUUAAUAUGUCAGUAUUCCUCUAGAAUAGUGUUUCUCAACCUUGACAACUUUAAGUUGUGUGGACUUCAACUCCCAGUAUUCCCCAGCCAGCAUGCUGGGAAGUUGAAAUCCACACAUCUUAAAGUUGCCAAGGUUGGGAAACACUGCUCUAGGAGGUGAUGUCUUAGAUUUAUGGCCACAGAUUUUUUUUAUUGGUAGCUCUAGAGAAUGAGAGGACCAGUUCCUAAUUGGCCUGUCCUUGAGUCAGACUGCUGGUUGGUUCUUUGUGCAGAGAAACUUCUGAUUGGUCUAUUUGUGUAGGAACUAAUCAGCAGCCUGGCUCAAAGACCGGACAACCAGGAGCCAGUUCUCUUGGGAUUUCUUUAAAAUAGACCAUUCAGAAGUCUACCUGGAGGAGAAACCAAUCAGGAACCAGAUUUCUUGGACUCCUGUGACAUGGACCAAUCAGAGAUCAGCUUGCCAGGUUCAAAUAAAAGAGCCCAGUCAGUCGUUGUUCAGUUGUGAGCUGCUGAGAAGUACACUACAAAGCAGCCCACUCUGUCUCUGAAGAUGCCAGCCACAGGUGACAGUGAAAUGUCAAGACACCAGCAACCUAGACCAUGGCUAUCCAGCCCAAAAUCUCAUCACUUGAUUGGCACUGGCUGUGAAAGCCUACACCAGUAGAAAGGACUAAUUAAUUAUCCCUGACUUAAAAUCAUAUAUCUGUAUUUGGCUAGCCCUCACCCUUAGAAUCAUAAUCUGAUAGAUAUGAUUCCUAUGA